AUUUUGGGGUUUCCUACAUCAUCUUGUGCUUCUGAGGUGGUACCUUGCGUAAAUGUGCAGCUCGAUUGAUGACAAGCUUGCUGCUCUGCCAGACGGCAUUAUUUAGCUAUCGUGGAGGGGAAACAAGCCAGGCCUUCCAACCUAAGAUUUCCAAGUCCAGCACUCCAAUCGUUGUCAAGUGUGGCAACUUCUCACAUUAGACUGUAUAGUCCGAACAACAAAAUAAAGACUGCAUGCCCACAAUGUCUGCGCUCGGAACCAAUUACAAGGAUGGCAUUGAUUUCGCUACACUGGCUCUUCAGGAUGCAGAGUUUGCCAAAAUACUGAAAUCAAAUGGCCAAAUCGAUUUUAGCCACCCCGAAUCGGUGCAACAGCUCACAAAGUCCCUCCUAAAGCGCGACUUUGGUCUCAAGAUCACUCUUCCCCCUGACCGUCUCUGUCCACCAGUUCCGAACAGGUUGAAUUACAUUGUAUGGAUCCAGAGCCUCUUGGACUGCACAAAUGAUUCCUACGGAGAUACAUAUGAUGCCGAACGAGAGGUCAUCGGUAUUGAUAUUGGCACUGGCGCGAGCUCUAUCUACCCACUGCUAGGAUGUGCCCUGCGUCCAGGGUGGAGGUUUGCUGCUACAGAUAUUGAUGCAAAGAGUCUCCAAUUUGCCAAGCAGAACAUUCAAGACAAUGGUUUCCAUGGUAGAAUCAAGUUACUCCAGACUCGGCCAGAUGAGCCCUUACUACCUCUCGAUGAGAUGGGCUUCGAGAGCAUCGACUUCAUCAUGUGCAACCCUCCGUUUUACACCUCCACCUCAGAAAUGCUCUCCUCAGCAGCCCUCAAGCGACGUCCCCCAUUCACAGCUUGCACCGGUUCCGCAGAUGAAAUGGUUACCCCCGGCGGCGAAGUGUCUUUCGUAAUGCGUAUGAUUGACGAGAGUCUCAAUCUCAAAGACCGCGUCCAAUGGUACACUUCAAUGCUGGGGAAAUUCUCUAGCAUAGGACCACUGGUCACGAGACUGAAAGGGAACGGAAUAGAUAAUUAUGCGGUCACGGAGUUUGUGCAGGGAAGCAAGACUAGGAGGUGGGGAAUCGCGUGGAGUCUUGAGGACAUGAGACCGAGCAUGCACGUUGCGAGGAACGUGGGAAGUUUGCAGAAAGUAUUGUUGCCGUUUCCGGGUGAAUACUUAAUCAUCGUAGGUGGCUUCCGCAAAUGCCAAAGAAGAAAGCUUAUGCACCGCAGUCAAACAAGAACCCGGCAGAAGUUGGAGAGCGUGCCAACAAGAUACUGACACAGCUUCCGCUGAAGUGGAUAUGGAAGCCCAAAGUGUUCACCGGCAUCGGAUUCAGUGAUAAAGCUGUCUGGGCUCGUGCAGCAAGAAGACAUGAGUCUAAGAGUAAAAACGGAGCCAUGGAAAGUGACGAAGAUGAAAAGUACAUGACCUUCGGAUUUAAGAUCCGGGUCGAGGCUAGCCCUGGCGGCGUGGCUGGAUCUAAGAUUACCAUCAGGUGGUUGAAAGGACAUGACAGUGUGCUCUUCGAGAGUUUCUGUGGAAUGCUGAAGAGGAAGAUGGAAGAGGUUGCAUAGUGAGAGCGGCAAGAGGUGUAGGACAGGUCUCCCAUGACGUUUCACCAUCCAGCUGAGUAUUCAACCAGAGCUCGACACUGUCAGCACCCACGAAACAGUCUACUGUAUGUCAAAAUCCUCUUCAUAUCUCAAGUACCCAGGUCGCUUGCCCACCAUGGAUCGAGUUAUAGAGUAACUAGCAUUUUGCAAGAUCACAUUAAAUUGUGCGACCUGUUCACACGUUUUUCUCCGACAACACGCAGUUCCCUGUGGGUCGUUCACCGCCGGAUCUUGAAAAUCGCAUCUCCCUUCUUCACACUCGCAAUCCCCAAGCUCGCCGUCCACACCGUUUCCCGAUUCGACUUGUCUCUUGAUUCCAUGGAAGAAACCGCCUUCUCGUUACCAUUCACAUACAUCUGGUCGAGAUGACUACGAGCUGUGUAGAGUCCACGGUGCUACAACGCGGAAUCGUGAUUGUUGAAUAUGACAUAGUAGCACGCCCGAGACCUUCGUUUGCACCAGUAUAAGUAACGAGUGUGGCUCCUCUGAGUCCAACGUUGGCUGCCAUUUGCGGCCACGCAUGUGUCUGGACGAACGGAAGCCGUCUUAGUAGUGCUUGAUGCCAAGCUUCCAAAGCUGCAGAUUUAUGGCUUCUUUUAUGUCUCUGUGCAAGGUGUAGAAGAGAAGCGAAGCGAAGCGAUUGCAUUGAACCAAAUACUGCUCCUCGUGCAAAAGGUUUGCAUAGGGCAAUUGUGGAAUUUGAUAGAGUCACCUUUUUUGACAUCUUGGGGGGCUUUCAAGCGUAAAGAGUAGCGAGCGAGUUUCCUCAAGGAGGGCGGAUGUACACCGGACACUGCAGAAGAAUUGAGAACAAUUUCAACUGUAACGUAAUACAACAUGUGCCGUGUAUACUGCCACGAGGUAAACACACAAUUCUCGGGGUGUUCUGCGGACAUUGAUCCCGUCCCGACG